UCCUUCAGGAAAGCUUGUUCAGAUCGAAUAUGCUUUGGCUGCAGUGGCUGCAGGAGCUCCAUCAGUCGGGAUUAAAGCUGCAAAUGGAGUGGUGUUGGCAACUGAGAAGAAGCAGAAAUCCAUCCUUUAUGAUGAAAGGAGCGUCCACAAAGUAGAACCAAUUACCAAACAUAUAGGUUUAGUGUACAGUGGUAUGGGUCCAGAUUACAGAGUGCUCGUGCACAGAGCUCGGAAGCUGGCCCAGCAAUAUUACUUGGUUUAUCAUGAGCCCAUUCCAACAGCUCAGCUAGUACAGAGAAUUGCUUCAGUGAUGCAGGAAUACACGCAGUCUGGCGGUGUCCGUCCCUUUGGUGUAUCACUGCUAAUAUGUGGCUGGAAUGAAGGGCGGCCCUAUUUAUUUCAGUCCGAUCCAUCUGGAGCUUACUUUGCAUGGAAAGCAACAGCAAUGGGGAAAAAUUACGUCAAUGGGAAAACGUUCCUUGAGAAAAGAUACAAUGAAGAUUUGGAGCUUGAAGAUGCCAUUCAUACGGCGAUCUUAACACUAAAGGAGAGCUUUGAAGGGCAGAUGACAGAAGACAACAUUGAAGUUGGCAUCUGUAACGAGGCUGGUUUUAGGAGGCUCACUCCAACCGAGGUUAAGGACUACUUGGCUGCAAUAGCCUAGUAGAAACCGAGCAAGACUGUGUGAUUCACACAAAAGGUCUUUUUAAUUUUGGCUACUUAAAUGUUUUUGUUUGCAGUUUUUGCAUACUUAUUUCUACAUGGUUUGUCUUGAGAGAUUUUUUUAAAACAUCAUGGUUAUAAAUGCAACAGUCCUAAUAUUGUAAUACAUGGAAUCUCAUUACAGGUGAUCAUUUCCCUUGAUACAUGGAACCUUUGUACACAAAAUACUGUACAAAAUGUAAAGUUAUAAUGACAGCUUGAAAAAGGCUAGAGAAUAAAAUUUGAAGGCCAGUGUUUUUGGGGAA